AGGGAGAGAGAGAGGGAGGCAGAAGCGGACGGACUGAGGACGGGAGAGAGGGGGAAGACAGAGAGAGCAGCAGUCCCUCUCCGGUGGUUGUUCAUGUCAAAUCUCCAUCCUCGGCACAAAGCGCUCUUUUUCCCGGUCAGUAAAAACCUGAGAGACUACGCCUGAUGGACUCAUCUCCCAAGUCAAGGUGAUUCAGCUGGGAAGAAAAAACAUUUGUAACCUGUACAACCUACACCUCCUCCUCCAGAAAAAUGAGGACUAUCUUACUGGGCGUUGUGUGGCUCUUUCUUGGCCUGUCUCUGGUUGCUUUAUCUCUGAAUGGACGGAGGACAGAAGCAGGAGAUGGGGAGGGAAUGGAAGCAGUGACCAGAGAUGAGAAGCUGCUCAAACGAGUGAGACGAGGCUGGAUGUGGAACCAGUUUUUCCUGCAGGAGGAGUACACAGGCAGUGAGCACCAGUACAUUGGCAAGCUCCAGUCGGACCAGGACCACGGCAAUGGCUUAGUAAAGUAUGUUCUGUCCGGUGAGGGGGCCGGCACCAUCUUUGUCAUAGAUGAGAAUAAUGGCGACCUGCACGCCACUCGCCGCCUGGAUCGUGAGGAGAAGGCUUUUUACAUCCUCAGAGCCACCGUGGUCAACAAACGGACAGGUCAAAAGCUGGAGCCAGAGACUGAGUUCACUGUCAAACUCCAUGAUAUCAAUGAUAACGAGCCUCAUUUCAGCAAAGAAGUGUACACCGGGAGUGUACCUGAGAGGUCUGACAUUGGUACGUCAGUCAUCCAGUUGACAGCUACAGAUGCUGAUGACAGUAUGUAUGGGAACAGUGCCAAACUAGUCUACAGCAUCAGCCAGGGACACCCUUAUUUCUCUGUGGACCCAAACACAGGUGUGAUCCGGACAGCCUUGGGUCCUGGUGACAUGGACCGCGAGCAGAGGGAGCACUACCAGGUGGUAAUCGAAGCUAAAGAUAUGGCUGGACAAAGAGGAGGGCUCACUGGAACCACUGUGGUCAAUAUCACCCUCACUGAUGUCAAUGACAACCCUCCCCGCUUCAUUCAGAGUAUUUACCAGUUCAGAGUUCCUGAGUCGUCCCAAUCCGGCACUCCAGUUGGGAGAAUUAAAGCCACUGACAGAGACAUUGGGAAGAAUGCUGAGAUGUAUUUCACCAUUGUCAGUGGAGAUGGCUUAGACAUCUUUGACAUCUCCACUGACAAAGACACCCAGGAGGGAGUCAUCACCGUCAGCAAGCCUUUGGAUUAUGAGAGGAAGCCAUCUUACACAGUAGAAAUCCAGGUCCAAAACACCCAGGUGGAUCCUCGCUUCAUGUCUGCAGGCUCCAAAGACAUGGCCACGGUCCGGAUUGGGGUGGAGGACGUGGAUGAGCCGCCGCUGUUCGACAAAGCCAGUUAUCUGAUGGAGGUGAAGGAAGAUGCUGCAGUAGGCGUAGUCGUGGGCUCAGUCAGCGCUAUGGACCCUGAUGGAGCUCGCAGCAUGGUCAAGUACUCUAUCGACCGUCGGACUGACAUGGACCGCCUGUUCAAUGUGCAUCCAGGGAAUGGAUCUGUGUUUCUGCUCAAAAGCCUGGACAGAGAGGAGUCUGCCUGGCAUAAUAUUUCAAUCAUAGCUACUGAGUUCAAUAAUCCCCGUCAGAGCAGCCAUGUUCCGGUCUACAUCCACCUGCUGGACAUCAACGACAACGCUCCCACCUUUGCCACUGUGUAUGAAACCUUUGUCUGUGAGAAGACUAAGGCUGGUCAGCGGAUCCAGACAGUGAGUGCAGUCGAUGCUGAUGAGCCGUCAACAGGACACAAGUUUUUCUUUAGCCUGGCUCCUGAGGGGACCCACCGCAGCAACUUCACAGUCCGAGACAAUGGAGAUAACACCGCUGGCAUCCUGACACGUCGAUCUAGCUACAGCCGUCUUCACCAGAGCAUCUACCUGGUUCCCGUGGUGAUCACCGAUGGAGACUACCCCAUGCAGAGCAGCACAGGCACCCUCACUGUGAGGGUGUGCACCUGUGACCGUGAAGGCAACAUGGAACUGUGUAAUGCAGAGGCUCUGAGCAGCUCUCCUGGUCUCAGCACCGGAGCUCUCAUUGCCAUCCUCUUGUGUGCCAUCAUACUGCUGAUGAUCGUGGUUCUGUUCACAGCGUUGAAACGCCAAAGAAAGCAGGAACCUCUCAUCAUCUCCAAGGAGGAUGUCCGGGACAAUGUGGUGAGCUACAACGACGAGGGCGGAGGGGAGGAGGACACCCAGGCUUUUGACAUCGGAGCACUGCGACAUCCAGACGCUGCGGCCGCCUUGGAGGACUCUGCCAAACAAAGGCGUGACAUCAUGCCCACUGACACCCUGCUGUACCCACAACGCUGCUGCCCUGCCCCCGCCAUCUCCAGCCUCAUCAUGCCGCCAGUCUGCAGACCAUCACGGAAUAACGGGGACGUACGCGAGUUCAUCAAUCAGAGAGUGCUGGAGAAUGACUGCAACCCCACUGCACCGCCAUACGAUUCCCUGGCUACCUAUGCCUACGAGGGAGCAGGCUCAGUGGCCGAGUCGCUGAGCUCACUGGGCUCAGCGUCAUCUGAGGCUGAGCAGGACUACCACUACCUGAGUGAAUGGGGGCCUAGGUUCAGGAAACUAGCAGACCUGUACGGGGCUGAGGACAGUGACUUCUCCUAACAAAGAUUUUGACCAAUGGACAGCAACAUCUAACCACAAACUCAGAUUGUUACUGAUGAGCUUGUGAGAACCUUUUAAAAUACAGAUGACACACCCCACAUGAAGAACCAACAGAUGUGCUGGCAGAUUCUGUUUAAUGAGAAGAACGCUGCCUGAUCUUUGACCUGAAUCCAUGUACAGGGGUACAUGGAUUGAAAAAUGCUUACUAAGGCGUUUUCAAAAGGGACUCAAGUCUUAAAUAUCUGAUUUUGGGAAUGACAACUAAUUGAUGUAGAAAUGUAAAUUAACCAGCAGGACUUGAGAGCACAAAAUGCUUCAGUUCCGCCAGUGUGAACCUCUUUAAAGGCUAACUUCAGGCCUGAAAGGACUUUUGAAUCCAGACUGAAUUUUGUAUUGAGAAUUUGACUUUUAAUGAUUCAGGCUUUGC